GGGUGGAAGUCAUGGCUCGCAGACUCUGCUUCUCCUACUGGCUGUUGGUCUGCUGGGUGGUGGUAACUGUGGCAGAAGGACAAAAAGAGGGAGCCACCCCUCCUGGAGGCUCACAAGAUAAUGGAGGUCCUACAGACUGCCAGAUCUUUACGCUCAGCCCUCCACCCCCCAGGAAGAAUCCAGUGACAAGGAUCCAGCUUGUCACAAGGACACCCAAGUGUCCCUUUCAUUUUUUUCCAUGGCAAGGGCCUAGAGUCCACUUUAGGUUUCCACACAGACCUUUCCUUCCUCAGAAGUGCAACCACCGGUUUCUGUUUCGUCCAUUUUUUUGGCCACACGGUCACCUUACUCCUCAUUAUAAAUAUUUUCCCAGGGGAAGACUCUGGAGAGGAAGCUCAUCUGAGGAAAGCAGAUAGAAAAGAGAAGCCCCAGGGGCGCCUGGGUGGCUCAGUCGUUAAGCGUCUGCCUUCUGCUCAGGUCAUGAUCCCAGCGUCCUGGGAUCGAGUCCUACAUAGGGCUCCCUGCUCGGCGGGAAGCCUGCUUCUCCCUCUCCCACUCCCCCUGCUUGUGUUCCUGCUCUCGCUGUCUCUGUCAAAUAAAUAAAUAAAAUCUUUAAAAAAAAAAAAGAAAAAAGAAAAGAGAAGCCCCAAAUAUGCUGAAGCAAAAGAAGCCAGUGCCUCAGAGAAGACUAUAAACAGAUUUCUGCUUUCUUCUUCCAAACUAAAACAACUGGACUUGAAGUACCUUAAACACCACAGACUAGAAAUUGUUCUUCUUGUCAGCAGGGAAGAUACCGGUUUAGAGGUUAUUCAGGUUUGCAAAAUGGGAGCAAUAACUGCAUUACCCUUAUCCCCAACUUUUUAAGAUCACAGGAUAUUGAUGCAAAUAAGAUCCUAAAAUGGGUAGUUCCAAGAAUUCCUCUACAUACUGAGAUGCCAGAAGAAUCAGCUGUCUUCUAAAUUCAAGUGAAAAGCAUUUAAAUAAAUUGAUAUAAACCAAUGAAGACAAUAAUGACACCCUUUUUACUCACUGUAAAUGCGCCCUGCUCUGUAAGUUUUCCAAAGUAAACUUUAAAGGAAAUUGUAGAAAACUGAUAGUUUUAUUUUAUUCUCUAUUUGGCAAUGGUGUAGCUGGUGGUUAUUCAUUUACUGUUUCACUGAGGUGUAACUGACAUUACAUUAUAUUAGUUUCAGAUGUGCAAUGUGAUGAUUCCACAUUUGUAUAUAUUGCAAAAUAAUCACCGCAAUAAGUCCAGUUAGCAACC